AUGAGACUUGUGGUGAAAUUAAGGUGCAUUUUACUGGAAGGCAAUAAAAACUCCAGUUGUAAGAGACUGGAGGAGAUCUCUUCACGGAGCAGGAUUGGAAACAACCCUUCCAUCGCCUGGCGUUUGAACAGCCAACAACUUCAGGGGAACAAUUUAGAAGAGAGGGGUUGUGAAAAAAUGUCCCUGCCUCAGCAGGCGAGGCGGCGUGGGCACUGGGUCGUCCCACUCAGGGAACCAGAGAACUGCUGCUUCACAGCCCCUCACAGAGACUGCUUCACAGCCCCUCACAGAGACCGCUUCACAGCCCCUCACAGAGACUGCUUCACAGCCCCUCACAGAGACUGCUUCACAGACCCUCACAGAGACUGCUUCACAGCCCCUCACAGAGACUGCUUCACAGCCCCUCACAGAGACUGCUUCACAGACCCGGAGGAAGUGGGCUGGGAGGCACAGAAAGUAGGUAGGUUGAUCGUUCUGUGCCUGUCUCGUCUGCCGGAGGGAGGACAGCCGUCUGGGGUCAGCGGCGUCCUCACUGUCGUCAGCCACGUCUUGGUGCCCUACGUGCAUGUGGCCGUAACUCGUGGGGUGUUUUUCCCCUUGUUGCCUGUCAGUGACAACUCUGGAACACGGACUUUAUGGAAGAGUAUUUCAAUGCUCAGUGACGCUGCUCCGUGA